AUGACCAAGACGGCUGUUGCUGCUGAAACUGACUUUAACAAUGCAAUAGCUUCUGCUGCAACAAGCAAAAAUAAAGGCCUGGCAACUGAGCUUCAGAAUGGCAAGAUAUGCAACAAAGUGCUCAAACUAACUGGUGGAACCAAUUUUUUAAAUCAAUACAAUACUGCUGAAUCUGAAGAGAAUAAUGAUAUAUGA